CAAUUGUAAUUUCCAACGACAAGACACAGUCGAUAUUAAAAACAACAAACCCCAGUAACAAUGAAAUUGUUCAUCUGCUUAGCUGUCGUCGCCGUGGCUGGUGUCAUUUCUGGCGAAAACAUUGAUAAGGAUGCCGAAAUUCGCAGUCUGACCAAUGAUGCUGCCGAUCCAGAGGGCAACUUCCAAUAUGCCUAUGAGACCUCGAAUGGCAUACAAGUCCAAGCCGUGGGAAAUCCAGCCGGAAUCAGUGGUUCGGUGAAUUAUGUUUCACCCGAAGGCGAACACAUCAAUCUAAGCUACACAGCCGAUGAGGAAGGUUAUCAUCCUGUCGGAGAUCAUUUGCCCACUCCACCACCAGUUCCGGCCUACGUUUUGCGUGCCUUGGAAUACAUUCGUUCCCAUCCUCCACCACAGCUGAAGGAACAACAUUAAUGAGUUCCGUUUAGUAAAUGUUUAGAGUUAUGACCCUGCCAGCGAAAAGCAACAAGGACGAUUUCCACCCCUUAGAUACCAUGACUUUCCCUUACCCAUUUUUUUUAAAAAAUAAGGCUGUUGAUAGAUUUGUAAAGAAAAUAUGGAAUUUCAACAUUUCAAUGUUUUUUUUUAGGUUAAGUUGAGCAAGUUGUUUUAA